AUGGGCGAUGGCCUUUUUCUUCUCAAUCCACAUUCUGGAGAAUUCCUCCUGUCCCGUGCUCUGGAUUUUGAGCUGGAGCACAACUACAUCUUAACUGCUGGAGCUCAGCAGGGGGGCAGUGAGCUUAUCAGGGUCAGGGUUUACUUCAAUGUGAUUAAUGUCAAUGACAACCCACCGGUGUUCAGCCAGAAUGCUUUCUAUGCCUCCAUACCGGAAGACUCACCUGUUGGGAUGUGCUUCCUAAGUAUUUAUGGAGAAGUGGAGUUAGCGGUCACAUCUGGAGAUCUUGAGAAUAAGUUCUCAAUAAAUCAAGAGGGAGCUCUGUGCCUAAACGCUGAAUUAGACAGAGAAACAUAUGCAAUGUACAGCCUUAUUGUCCAAGCCCAUGAUCAUGCUUUACCCACAGAGACUCAACUCACAAGCUCAGUGCAUGUUACCGUCUAUCUUAUGGAUGUCAAUGACAACCCCCCACUUAUCACAACACCCAGUACUGUUAGUUUUCCAGAGAACGCACCUCUUCAUUCUGCUGUGACAGUCGUACAGGCCACAGAUGCUGAUGCUGGAUCUAAUGUGCUUGUUGAAGAUGUCAACGACCACAAUCCAGAGUUCACUCAGAGCUCUUACAGCCUUUCAAUAUAUGAGGAUGUAUCUCGUGGAACAAGUAUACUAAAAGUUGAUGCAAGCGAUUGUGAUAUUGGGCCGAAUGGACUGGUCCGGUUUUCUAUCUCAGAGAGUGGGUUCAUGGUGGACUCUGUUUUAGGUAUAGUCUUAGUGAUAGAGAAGAUGGACCGAGAAAAGACACCUUUCUACAGCUUUUCAGUCUUUGCAGAAGACCAGGGAGAUGUUCAAAGAUCCACCACUGCAACUAUCAACAUCACAAUCCUAGACGUCAAUGACUGCAUGCCUAUUUUUUCACCAGAAUCCCUUAUUUACAUGUUUUGGAAAAUGGAGAGGACUCUUCUCAGCAAACACAUCAGAUAUUCUUUAGCGGGUCUCGAUUUUCCAUUUUUAAUCAAUGCAACAUCUGGGGAUUUGUUCACUGUAAGUGCUUUGGACAGAGAGACAGUGCCUUUCUACAGAUUUUUGGUUAUCGUCAGUGAUGGUCAUCCCACAAUGCCUCUUUCCAGCUCAGCUGCUGUUGUGGUAACAAUUGAUGAUGUGAAUGAUAACUUCCCAUCAUUUCUAUAUGGACCAUAUGUGGCCAAUAUACCUUUUGGGUUAACCAAAGGAUCAGUUGUUUGCACAGUGAUGGCAGAAGAUGCAGAUGUUGAAUUGAAUGCAAAACUAAACUUUUCUCUGCAAGGUCAACAUGCCCAUCUCUUCUCCAUUAACUCUCACACGGGAACAGUGUUCAUUUCAGAUUCAAUAAGUAGAAGAAAUGACAUCACAGUUGAUGUUCAUGUGCAGGAUGGAGCAGAAAUGGCAAAAAUGGACACAACAACCUUGACUGUCAGAUUUUGGAAUGACUCAUACUUUCCUCAAAUUGCAGUCCAGGUUAAUAAGAACAUUCUCUUUGAGGACACACCCAUCGAUACCUUAGUGGCCAUUGUGACUGCAGAAACAUUGAGAAAUGCAACAGUGUAUUUCUAUCUGCCCUCUGGAAACUUUGGGGAGGUUUUUGAGCUUCAUCCCAGCACUGGCGAGUUGACUAUCAAGGAUGCCUUAGAUUUUGAAACCAACAUGUAUUUUCAUCUAAUAGUUGAAGCCAGAGACUCAGGAAUACCACCUUUUUCUUCAUAUGCUGAACUUCAUUUGAAUAUCAGCGACGUGAAUGACAACCCACCAGUGUUCUCACAAGACAUCUACAGAUGUGAAGUGUAUGAAAACAUGGCUUCAAGUAGGGUGUGUAAUGUGUUAGCAAAGGAUGCGGAUUCUGGAGUGUUUGCAGAAGUGCUGUACUUUAUUCUGGAUGGUAACAUUGAGAGCACAUUUAAAAUAGACAAAAAUCGAGGCACUCUUUCCACAACAAAACGUUUAGAUAGAGAACAAAUACCAUAUUAUAAGUUCUCCAUAAAGGCUAUUGAUAAAGAAAACAACAGCCUUUUGGCCGUAGCAUCAAUAAUUGUUAAAGUUCUUGACACAAAUGAUCAUGCGCCUCGAUUCGCAAAGAUUUUCAUCACAGAGGUUCCUGAGAAUGCUCCCAUUGGCUUUUCAGUUAUUCAGAUUGUUGCUACUGAUGAAGAUGCUGGUCUGAAUGCUGUCAUUGAGUAUACAAUCAUUGGCCAUAACAGUGAGUUUCCAUUCAACAUUGAUAAAACCACUGGCACUUUAUUUGUAUCGCAUCCUUUGGACAGAGAAGAUCAGGAUCAUUAUAUAGUGAAGAUUAAUGCCAAUGAUUCUGCUUGGAGCAUCAGCACAGACGUCACCAUAGACAUUAUAGAUGUCAACGACAACACGCCAAUCUUCUCUCAACCAGUAUACUCUGUCACUAUCCCUGAGAUGAAGAUUCAUGAAGUUUUCAUUUUACAAGUUAGUGCUACUGACAGAGAUCUUGGUGAGAACUCUCAGAUACUCUACUUCAUCAACCCACCAAAUGAACUUUUUUUUGUGAAUGUAUCAACCGGGGAAAUUUCAAACAAACAGCCCAUUCUCUAG